UAUCGUCAUUGGCAACCGAUAGGAUUAAUGGCGCGUUUUGCUACAAAUAAUUUGUUGUUAUUCUUGUAAAGAAUUUGGAACACUUUAUUUAAACAAUGGCUGCUUUAACUAAUUUAAAGCAAUGUCCACCAGUCUCCAUGCUUCCCGAUCUGGCAUUGCGACACAAUCACAUUCCCGAAUUGGACCGAUAUCCGAAAAUAAAUCUCAAGAAUGAAAUCUUUAACCACAACACCGGUCAACGCUUUGUUGGAGGACAGAGAUUUAUGUCAGUGAACGAGAGUGUCCUGAAGCGCAUUACUCGAACUUUCUUUGAUGCCGGCUUUUUGGAAUGCCUGGCCGAGGCUCGGAAUGAGGCGACUCGUCAACAGGCUCCAUGGAUAGGAAAGGCCGGCGACCAUUUAGCCCAUUUGUUGGGUUUCCUCGGCUCAUUGAAGCAAAAGGUAUUUCCCUACAUACAGGAAGUGGGCGAGGAGAGGAUUGCUCAGUAUAUGGAGACAAGAGAUUGGGCGACCUGUGAUGUGAGAUGCUUGGCCUGGCAUCGACAUUCUUUUAGACUGGCUGUAGUCGGAGGAGACGAUGCGGUACGCAUCUAUCUCAAGAGUACCAAUGCUAAUCCCACUGUUUUGAAGAGUCCAUCACAAACACAAAUCACUUGCCUGGAGUGGCGUCCGCUUUGCCCCGCGGAAAUUGUUAUAGGCUGCCGCCAAGGAUUGUGCUUUUGGAUUGUAGACAACAAUGUCCAGUUGGGUCGCACAACUAUGCCCACACAGACAUUCAAGCAUCCGGCCAAUCUGCCUAUCACUUCUCUUCAGUGGAACAAGAAUGGUAACUUACUAGCUACCUCAUCUAUUGGUGAUCGAUCUAUACUCAUUUGGGAACCGGAUAGUGGCCAAAUGCAAGUAUUGAAACGUUUGGGACCACCCGGUUCCCUGGUCAAGUGGUCACCCGAUAAUGAUUGGCUCUUUGCCAGCACUGUGGAUCGGGUGUUUCGUGUGUGGAAUUGCUAUAACGAAUGGACGACAGAACGUUGGGUAUGUGGCAAUGGAGGGACUGUUCAAACUGCAUGCUGGUCACCUUGUGGACGUUUCCUGCUCUUUGUUAGCACUUCCGAACCUAUACUAUAUCGCUUGCAAUUUGUCCCGCAACAAAUGUUGAAAUCAACUGAUGACAAGGAAGUACUACCCAUAGCGGACCUGAACGCCUGCAGCUUGGAUGGUAAUCAAACUUUAAUCGGCGGCCCUGUUCAACAGUUGGCCUGGGAUCCACAUGGAAAUUAUUUGGUUAUCACCUUCAAGACAACCAACUGCAUUGCCGUCUUUCGCACUUUUAUACAGAAAUUCGACUUACAAAUUUCGGCUGCCUAUUAUCUGAGCGGGGAAACUGCAACAGAAUAUCCCACCUAUAUAUGUUUUCAACCCCUCUAUAAUGAUAAUGAUAGAUCGGUUUUAACCAUUGCCUGGUCAUCGGCACGCAUUCAGUACUAUGCAUUUGAUUAAUUUAAAUUUAGUUUUCAAUCAUUUUUAAUUGGUUUCUCUUGUUUUGUAAGAAUAAAAAGCGAUGUUACAUACAAAGAAAA